AUGGGGAUGUUGAGGUUGAUCCCCAAGAUGUUGGCCUUAAUCGCCGUGCAGAGGCAAAGCGCAGCCUCCAGAUCCACCAGCCCAUCCAGUAGGCUGCAGCAGGGCUUCACCGGCGGCGCACCCACCGUGACGUUGACCAAGUUGAGCACGUGGGCGCACACCCCCAGCUUCAGGGUGUCCCUGGGGCACUUCCCGGUGGCCGGGCUCGGGCCGGGCUUUGGGUUGGGCUUGGGGACAGGUGGGCAGCUGCCGCACCAUGCGGUGGCCGACGUGAAGAGCAGCAGGUUGAGGGUUAGGAGAAUGGCAAUGGUUUUGGUUGCGGCCAUUUUUGGGGAGCUGAGCUGUGGGAUGGAGAAAUCAGUGUGGGGUUUGUAA